AUGAGUGCCACCAAGGCGCAGUCUCAAAAGAUUUUUGAGAAGCUCAAGCUGAAGCCCGCAAACAAGAUCUGCUUCGACUGCGGCUCCAAGAACCCAACCUGGUCGUCUGUUCCGUUCGGUAUCUAUCUGUGUCUGGACUGCUCAGCCCACCACCGUAACCUCGGUGUCCACAUCUCCUUUGUUCGCUCCACAAACCUCGACCAGUGGCAAUGGGAACAGCUGCGGGUAAUGAAAGUCGGUGGGAAUGAGUCCGCGACCAAGUACUUCCAAUCGCACGGCGGUUCUGCUGCGCUGGCCAGCAAGGAUACCAAGGUCAAAUACACGUGCAAUGCCGCUAUCAAGUAUAAGGAGGAGCUGAAACGGCGGGCGACGAUGGAUGCGCAACAAUAUCCGGAGGAAGUGGUCAUCACCGAUCUCCCCGUCGACACGUCGUCCGACAGCGCCAACACUCCCGCCGGCGAUCCAGACGACGAUUUCUUUUCCUCGUGGGACAAGCCGUCGAUCAAGCGGCCCAGCAACCCGCCCUCUCGAACCGGAACGCCACCCGUCGUGAGCCGAACUGCCUCGCCCUUCCUGAACGCGGGCACCAACGCCAACGGAUCCCGCUCCAAGUCUCCCCUGUCUGCCUCGGAAGAAAAGCCUACGUCGCCCACACCGGCCGCUGUUCGUGCCAGUGCGGCUACGCGGAAGCCGACUGCGGGUGGAGCGAAGAAGGGUAGCGUUUUGGGCGCUAAGAAGGCGCCCAAGCUUGGAGCCAAGAAGGUGGUUACUGCAGAUACGAUUGAUUUCGACGAGGCCGAGCGCAAGGCUAAGGAGGAGGCCGAGCGUAUUGCAAAGCUUGGUUAUGACCCCGAGGCCGAGCAGGCCGAGCAGGAUGCCAAGGUAACGGCCGCUGCGUCUUCGACUACUACUAUCACAUCGCCUACCCCGAUCAGUCCGAGCAGAGCAAGCAAGUCGCACGAGCGGAACUCGAGCGACGUCGAACGGCUGGGCAUGGGCAUUGGUCGACUUGGCUUCGGCCAAACGUCGCGCCCCGCUGCCGCCCCGGCUCCGAAGAAGCCUGGAUUUGGCUCUGUUGGACCUGUCCGUACUGCUGCCGACGAGGAAGAACUCACUCAAACCAAAACCCGCUUUGGAACCCAGAAGGGCAUCUCUUCGGACGAGUACUUCGGCCGCGAGCGAUACGACCCCAACGCUCAGUCCGAGGCCAAGGAGCGUCUGCGCCAAUUCGACGGCGCAACCUCCAUCUCCAGCAACAACUACUUCGGCCGGCCCGAGGACGAGCUCCCCACGCUGGACGACGGUUACGGAGACCUGGAGACGGCUGCUAAGGACUUUGUGCGCCGUUUUGGGAUCACGGCUGGUGAUGAUCUGGAGAAUCUGUCGCAUCUGGUUGGUGAGGGUGCUACCAAAUUACAAGGCGCUAUUCGCAGCUACCUGAACAGCUAA